AUGCCUGCAGACCAGCCCUUCGACACCGCGACCCUCUCACCUCUCACCUCAUCACCCUCCAACUCUAACCCCCCCUCUGACACAAACCCCAAUGAAGACUCCGAUUCUCUACACCAUCAAGAACCCAACUCCAAAUGGGAAAAGAGAUACCCAGACCACUCCUACUUCCAAUCUCCCUCCCCUACCCUCUCAACAUCAACCCUCACAAACUACCCAAACCACCCUCUAGAACCCAACGGAAGCAGCAGCAGCACCAGCGCAGGCCACCGACUCCCCCUCCACCUCACCUCUCCCAACCCCCGUGGCGUCAUAACCCGCAUCCGAACCUCCCACAACUGGCUAACCCGAAUCCAGCAAAUAACCCACUACACAUUCCGUAACUCAGAUCUUCUAGAAGAAGCUCUAGAAUCCACUGGGUCACUCGUAACCACCGUCGGGACAACCCACCGACACAUCCCGUCCGGAAACCGGGACUUAGCAAGCGUCGGCCACGCUGUGAUGAAACUCCUGCUCACAGAGAGCUGCUACACAUUGCGGGUGUCCGGCUCGUCGGCACACACGCGCUCGAAGAGGGUGAAAAGGGUGAUGGGCAUCGAUACGAGUAAUAAGGUGAUUAAGGAGGUUCUGGGCCGGGAGAAUUUGGCUCUGAUUGGGACGCAGACGAAGAUUGAGUACUGUAUUAGGCCGAUGAAGGGCAUAGAGGGGAGUUUGAGAAAGAAUCCGGUGGUUCAUACGGUGAGGUUGUGGAAGGAUGAUGUGAGGAGGGAGGAGCGAUCUUGGACUAUUGCGAGGGGGGUGGAGGCUGUGGUUGGUGCUGUGUAUUUUGAUGGGGGAUUGGAGAGUGUGAAAGGGGUUAUGGAGGUGUAG